GUUUUCAGUUAUUUUUCCUUCUUUUUGGAGUUACUAGUUUCACGUUUUUACCAUUAUCUGUUGUUUGGUCUUUUGGCUUUGUAGUUAUCACAAUAUUAAUUAAAAUUUAUUGAUUUAAACGAUAAUUAUUAUUGCUUUAUUUAUUGUAAAUGUAGAAAAUAGUAAUUAUAUAGACCUUAAUAUGAGAUCACGACUGUAAAAUCAGAAGUAAGAAUGUUUGGUAAGUUGUUUUCCUAGUUAUUAUAAAGGCAUAUAAUAAUUCAUUAUUUUUAUUAUUUAGAUAUUCACUAAGUUACUAUGUACCUAUGUUAAUACUAAAAUAAUAUAAUUGUACAUUAUAAAAAAAAAAAAUGAUUUGUAUAAGUAAUUGGUAAGUAUAUAGAAUAUUAUAAAAUUAUUUUUCCAGGUUCAGGAUCAGGAGCAUUUUCUGGGGGUGCCGGUAACACAUCAGGUUUUGGCCAAUCAGCUUUUGGUAAACCUGCAACACCUGCAGUUUUUGGACAAUCAAAUACUUCACUGUUUAACCAAACUACCCAACCUAAUACUGGGUUGUUUGGCGCCAAUGCUGCUGCACCUGCGUUUGGUCAAACACCUACUGCCCAACCAACCUUUGGAGGUUAUAAAUAAAAAUUAAUAUAUCCAAACAUAAGUUUUAUUAAAAGUAUCUAUAAUAUUAUAGGUUUCAAUACUGGUGGAACUUCACUCUUUGGAACUCCAACAGCUACACCAGGAUCGAGUGGAGGAUUAUUUGGCCAGCAAAAUGCUUCAAUGGUGGGAAAUACUGGAGGUGGAUUGUUUGGCACAUCUAAUCCUAACACAUCAUUCGGACAGGCAAAACCAGUUGGCUCAGGAUUUUCUUUUGGAGCACCUGCUGCUCAGCCGACUGGAAAUAUUUUUGGUACACCUCAGACAAGUACAGCUAAUACCGGAAUGUUUGGUGCUUCUACUGCAGGUAUUAUUAACUAUUUAAUUAUAUAUUGAAACCUGUCUUCUUCUCAUAAGCUUUACAGAUCAUGAUGGCCUUUAGCUUCCAAAACAAUUCUCCACUCAUCGUGGUCUUUGACAACAUUUCUCCAGUUCUGUAUCCCCCCAUCUGUUGUAAAUCUUUUUUAACUUCGUUUAUCCAAUAUUAAAACCUUUGUGUUCCUAAAUUCAGUGGUAGUAUAAGCGCUGUUCAUUUUUGUAUUCAAAAUUCUCCAUGACAUAUUUAAUAACCUGCCAACAUAGACCUUACAUAUAUUAUGUACUCAAACCCGGAUUAAGAUAAUUUUGGGCCUGGGGCCAAACAAAUUUUUGGGGCCCAUAAACUUAUUCAAAAUAUUGGUGACUUAUAAUACUACCAACCAAGAUCAGGGGACCCUCUGGCCCCUCUUAAUCUAGGCCUGUAUGUACUAUUGCUUUUUAUUUAAUAAAAUCUGUUGCAGUUCUAAAUCAAAAACUAGAAGUGAUAUUUUCUUUUUCUUUUAUGUCACUGUCACAUAAUAUCAUAGAAAAAUUAGUAACAUGCAUAUUAUACAUUUUAAAAUAAGAUCAAAUAUUCCCCUAAUAUUAAAUAUGUUUCAAUGUAUACAUAUUAAGAUAAAUUCAUCUUUCAUUUUGUAUUCAUAAGUAAAUAGCAUCAUGUAACAAUAAUAUUUAGGUACCUUUGGUGCUAGUUCUGGAUUUGGGGCAACGUCUACUGGCGGUACACCCAUAAAAUUUAAUUCUGUGACUGGAACUGAUACAAUGGUGAAAAAUGGUGUUAAUCAAACUAUAAACACUAGACAUCAAUCAAUCACAGUUAUGAAAGAGUAUGAAUCCAAAAUAUUUGAGGAACUCAGAUUUGAAGAUUAUUGUGUUAAUCGUAAAGUUGGACAACAGGUAAUUUAAAUAUAUAAAUUGUUUCACAUGUUGAUAUUAUUUUAUAUUUAAACAUACAGGAUGAGUUAAGUGGUUACACUCAGUAUUUUUGAAAAUGAUGGACUUUUCGUAAAAAAUUUUUGAUAAUUUAUGAAACAUAGCUUCUAAAUAAUUGAAAAAAUGUCAAUACCAGAAUUUAUUUAUUAUAAUAUUCCAUCUAUUUAUGGGAAUUUUAAGAUAGGCUGUCAAAAAAUCAAAAGUAGUUAGUUGUUUUCAAAAAAAGAUAUUAAUGUAACAUUUUAGAACUACGUGUUUCUUAAAUUGUCAAAAAAGAAAAAAAAAUUGUAGUAAAAAGCUAAUGCUUUGUGUAGCUACCAGUAAUGGAUCACUCUGUAUUUAUUUUCUAAUAUCAUAAACAUAAUUAUAAUUUUUAUUGUAACAUUAACUUAACCAAUUAAAUUGUAUGUUUUUUCUAUUAAGGGUGCAGUUGGAAGUGGAUUAUUUGGAUCCCCUAAAACAUUAUUUGGUUCAACUGCAACUACAAGUACUGGUUUAUUUGGAACAAAUGAUAAUAAACAACUUUUUGGUACCGCAUCAACUACACCUGCACUCGGAGGUAAAUUAAGAGUUUUGUAUUUUUAUUAUUUUUUUUAUAUUUUAAAUUAACUAAAAUAUUUAAAAUUCUAAUGAGUGUAUUCAUUAAGAUAAAAUUGUUGAUAACAAAUACAAUUUAUGCAUAUAUAUUGUAAUAUACCCUUUAUUGGUGAAUAUUUUUAAUUUAUAGGUUUUGGAAAUCCUACCACUUCAAAUGUAUUUGGUACACAGAACAGUAUAUUUGGAAAGCCACAACAAACAACCCCAGCAUUUGGCACUCAAACAUCAACCCAAUCUUUUGGAAUGAAUACAACGCAACCAAGUAUUUUUGGAUCAAACACAGCUCAAACAUCUAAACCAUUUGGAGGUAUUUUUUUCAUAAAAGUAAUGUAUCUGAUUUGGGGGGGGGGAGAUAAAAAAUAAAGAGUAGAGCUUAAAAUUAUAUGUUUUCUGCAUAUUUGUACGUAGUGUAUGAACAUCUGGAGGUUUGAAAUUCUAACGGUAAAAAUAAUGUUUAUAUCAUUUAAUUCGUAUCUUAAAUUUUAUUUUGUAUGUUUCCUAAAUAUAUAGGUAUGUAUGCAAUGUGUUUUUAAUAAAUUAACAAGUUCAAUUUGACUACAAAUAUUGUUGACAUUGUUUCUCAGAGAAAUAUUGUUUGUUACACAAUGAAAUCACAGAUGUAUAGUUAAUGAAAACAAAUAAAUCACAAUCAAAAAUUUUCAUAGAGUAUAUUCUAUUCACAUUUAAAAUAAAUUAAGUUGGAAUUCUUAAAUUUCAUAUUAGUGCCAUUUUAGUAAUUUGUCACGAGUCCAAUUCUGGAUAUGUGAUAAAUUUUAUUACACUUUUAUUGGAUAUUAAAUCCUUUAAAUCUUCAAACUUUGUUUGGAAUUUUAAUUUAAUUUCUAUGGUUUUAAGGUUGUUUUUAGAAAAUGUUUUAAUAAGAUACUGUCUCCUUUAUAUAACAACGCGAAAUAAUACAUUUUUAUUUAGUAGAGAUAACUCUGUGUUGUUAGUUAAUAUUAGAGUGAAUUGAUUGAAAUUUUAUGAAACUUAAGGACGUGUAAAGUUUUUGACUUUGUUUUUCAUUAUUUUAAUUUUUAGUGAGCUAUAAGCAUUGUUAAAUCAUGAUAUUUCAAACACUCAGAUCUCGCUUAAAUAUUUAUUUAUAUAUUUUUUUGUAACAUUUAUUAUUAUAUGUACAAUCUGUAAUGAUAUUUACAAUGAGCAUAUGAGCGUUCAGAUAUAUUAAAAAUGACAUGUAGGAGUAAGGAGAGAAGCUGCCCAACAAUAACACUCUGAACUUAAAUAUUUAAAUAGGUUUGAAAGAAAACGAUGACACGUCACAGAUAAUGUUUUUUAUUUUUGAGUUUGAUAAUAGGUCAAUUUAUUCUAAUAUUAAAACUAAUAGUACAAAGAUGUCCUUGCUAUAUGAAAAUGAAUGAAUGAAUGUUGUGUGUAGUUAUAUGAUGGAGACAGCAAAUACAAGUAUGGUGUUCUCUUAAUUAUAGUUUUAGGUAAAAAUAGAAAAAUUGUAUUUUAUAUGGUUUCCAUAAUCGUUAAUAACUUGUUUAAUACUCUGGAAUUUAUCAAUAAUAUAUAUAUUUAUAUAUUUAUUUAUUUUAAUUAAGUUGCUAGUCCCCAAACAAAUUUAUUUGGAAGUACUGCGCCUUCAACUUUUGGUACUCAAACUCCAGGAUUUGGACAAGCCGGAUUUGGACAACCUAAUCAAGUUAAUAUUACUUAUAACAUUUGGAUUUGUUAAAGGAAAAUAUUAAAUUUAUUACUUUGUAAUAUAUAGACCAAUUUAUUUGGACAAAACAAACCAGCAUUUGGUCUUGGAUCAACGCAGACAACAACUGGUUUUGGCUUUGGAACCAAUACUUCAACAAGUGCAAAUGGUCUUUUUGGAAGUAAACCUGCUAAUACAGGUUUUCAAAUUGCUACUCCAGCUUUUGGUACAAACAAUGCUUUUGGAACUACACCAACAGCUCAACCAACUACGAGUAGCUUGUUUGGAUCUAAUGCUUUUAAUAAAGCACCAACUACAUCAUUAUUUAAUCAAUCGGCUAAUCAACAAACAGGUUUAUACAAUUUUAGUUUCUUGUAAAAUAUAAGGAUUAACAAAAAUUAACUUAACUUAAAAUUUAAAAAAAAAAAUCCAAUACACUUACUGCCAACAUUUAAGCAUUAGAAUAAAUUGGCAAGGUGAUUCUUUUAUCAUUGAACACUCAUUAAUUAAAUUUUUAAGCUUAGGUAGUGGAACAUUUCAAACGUUUCCAAAUAAAUUAUGGUCUGUUUCUCUCCCUGUUAGGCAUGUGUAAGCAUGGCUCACAAAGUGAGCGCCAUGCUCACAUUGUGACCACUGAUGUGUUAAUGUAACAUUUUAAAAGUCAAAUACUUAUUGGAAUAUUGAGUGUUCAAAGAGGUGAUUAAAUAAUCAUCCUGUACUAACACUUUAAUAAUUGUUGAGUAGAAUCAAAAUAAUCCAUUGAUAUUUAAAUAUUAGUUGUUUUGCCUAUUAUAUUUUCUAUAGAUAUCAAUAUUAAUUAUACUGUUGGCAUUAAUUUGUUAUAAUAGUAAUAAAAACCAUUAAUAGGUGUAUUUAAUAAUGCCACAAAACCUGGUGGACUAUUUGGACAAGGAACUCAAGGAACUGGACUUUUUGGAUCAUCUAACACUAAUGCUUUUGGUACUGGAGGAACUUCAUUUUUUGGAAACAAUACACAAAGCACUGGAAUCGGGCUUUUUGGAAAGUAAUUAAUUUAUAUUAAUAACCUUUAACUGUCAUACAUUUUUUUAUUUUUACAUUUUACUGUAUAGCACUAAUAGCUCUCAACUAUCUACAAAUCAAUCAUCACAAAGUAAUCAACUGCAAUUACAAUUAGAUACAUUAAAAGCAAUGCCAUAUGGCGAUUCCCCAUUGUUUAAACGAUUUUAUAAGGUAAAUUUUGAAAGCAAUAAAAAUGUGUUUAUUUAUAAUUGUUUAAAAUUUGAAUGUUUGUAUUUUUAGGAUGUAUCAAAAGUAGAUGAUUUAUCUCUUGUGCGAUCACAAAAUAUAUCGCUAGAGAAGUUUGGUAGUUAUAAAGUUUCUCCAAUACCAACGCCUAAAAGUACACCAACAAUUCGUAGAAAUUUCCCACAAUUUAAUCGUAAAUCUUUAUUUGAUGGACUUGAUGAAUCACCUCCUUCAAUAAAAAACCAGGAUAAAGCUGAUAGUGUGUUAUUAUUUAAUAUUACUUCACCAAGAUCCAGCUGUAAAAAAUUGAAUUUAAAAAAAGAAUCUAACGAUUCAACCAAAUUGCAAAAUCGAAAUAGUAUAGUUAUGCAUACUAAACCUCUUGCAAAGUAAUAUACUUAUAUGGCCAUUAUAAAAAUAUGCACAAUAGUUAAAUUUUUUAUUUAUUUUAGGUUGGAGCAAUAUUUUUCUUAUAAACAAGGUUCCCCCGGAGAGGGUGGUUCACAGCAAGUUGAUUUAUCUAUUAAUGAAGAAAAUGACACAAUCGCUCAAUUACAAAGAAAUAAACAAAAUAGUUUAAAUUCAUCAAAAGGAACUGAAGCCAAUGAUACUUAUAAAAAUGAUAAUAAUAGUAAGCAAAAUGUUCAUAAUUUUAUUGUACAGGCUGUCCCAGGAAGAUAUACCCCUUGAAUAUCUCCAGAGAUAAAAAAGAUAAUUAAAUUAUGUUUUUUUAUAUUACUAACAGGAAUGAGAAGUACAAAUAUUUAUAAUGUUUGAAUUAGUUUAAUUUUUUUUUAAUAAACAAAUUGUUUAAUUUUUUAAAAAUAAACAAAUUGUUUAAUUUUUUAAAAAUAAUAAAAUAAAAAGUUUUUUUUUAAUUUUUUAAAGAAAAAACUAAUUCAAAUAUACAUAUUUGUAGUUCUCAUCUCUGUGAGUAAUGUAAAAAAAACAUAAUUUGAUUGUCUUUUUUAUCUCUGGAGAUAUUCAAGGGGUAUAUCUUUGUGGGAAGCCUGUAUAUUGUAUUUAUAUUUAUAAUUUUUAACAAGUAAUAAUACAUAAAUGGCACCAAAAUAUUUUCAGAAAUUUGUAGGUAAAUGAUAGGUCUAAAUAUUGAUCUAAAAAUAAAUCUUCAUUUUAUUUUUAGAGAUUAUACAUUUAUUAAAAAGUUAUUAUUUUUUUUAGAUACUGUUAUCUUAGAUAACCAAGAAACUUCAAUUGAUUCCAAUGUUCUAGUAGAAGAAGAUCAUCCUACUGGGAUAAAGUUGAAACGUGUUGGAUACUACACUAUUCCACCUUUAAAUGAAUUAGUGGAAAUAUUAGAUGAUAAUGGAUUAUGUAUUGUUGAUGGGUUCACUAUAGGUCGUUAUGAUUAUGGAAAUGUUUACUUUCCUGAUCGUUUUAAUGUUUCUGGCUUAGAUUUGGAUUCUAUUGGUACGACUUAUUAUUAUUUUGAUUAGUCAUAUUUUAUGUCUUUUUUACUUAACAUAUGUUUGUAAUUUAUUAAUAACUUGCAUAAUUAUUCCAGUUCAUAUAAGGCAUAGAGAAAUUAUAAUUUAUCAAGAUGAUGAAACCAAACCUCCAUUAGGUGAAGGAUUAAAUAGAAAAGCUACUGUUACAUUAGAUCGUGUCUGGCCUAAUGAUAAAACCUCAAAAGAACCAAUUACUAACCCUGAUCGUAUUGCAGCUACAAAUUUUGUUGCUAAGCUUCAAAGAGCAUGCGUUAAAUUGGGCACUCAGUUUAUAGAUUAUCGUUCAGAUACAGGAUCGUGGGUGUUUAAUGUUGAACAUUUUUCAAAGUAUGCCCUUAUAGAUUCUGAUGAUGAUGAAGAAGAAAAAGUGGUAAACUUAGUGGAGCUUGAUGUGGACCCUAAAACUCUUACAAAAACUGUUACACAGAAACCUAAAGUAAUCACAAAACAAACUGAAAUUGCAAGCCCAAAACAAAAUGUAAAUAUAAAUUUAUAUUUCCUUCAAAUUUUAGAUAUAUAUUAUAAAUAUUAUUAAUGUAUAUCAGCAGGUUAUAAAACCAUUAUUAGAUCUUUCUAUGGGUCUUGACAGAGCUCAAUCUCCACAUCAAUAUUUGUUAAAAUCAAAUAUUCAACUUCCUGCUAUGAAUCCAUCAGCUGGCGAUUCACAUAUUAUGCAUUAUUAUGGUAUUAAUUAAUUUUAUAAUAGCAUAGCUAUUGCUUAUUAUUAUUAUUUUUCUUAAAAAGCUGGUCAAUUGAGCAAUUUAUUUAUUAUUCUAGAUGGUAAAGAAAAUAGCAUAAAUGUGACUGCUCAAAUAUCACAGAAUAUGAAUUUACAAACCCAUAAAAUACAAUGUAUGAAAGCUUCAUUUGAUGACAUAUUUUAUGAUGAAAUUGAACCUAUGGAACUAGAUGAUGAUACUUAUGGUAUAAACCAAAAAGUUGUAUCUUUAGUAUAAUUAUAGAAUGUAUCAUAUUUAUAAUUUAAUGUUGCAGGACAAAAAGAUAAAUUUGAAGACAAAUUGGAAAAAAUUUUGGAAACAAUUCCAGAAUACAUUAUUUCAGUUAGUCCAAAAAAUCGAGAAAUUUUGUCAAAGUCAAAAGCUUUAAUAACCCCGAUAAAUAAUCAAGGAUCUCCAAAAUUUUUCAUCUCUAAGCAAAGUAAAUUAUUUUUGGGGUUGUAAAAGAAAAUUCUUGAUAUAUUAGAUCUUUAUUUUUGUUUAUAAUUCUUUUUUAAUACCUCAUAUUAAGUGUGUAGUUAUAACUAUGACAGAUAUUUAUAUGCUUCAGCAUAUAUUUAAUGGUUUGUCAGAAAGGUAGCUUCUUUAUACCAAAAUGUGGUACUAUAACCCAACAAUUUUAUAUAAGGUUGAGUUACCUAUGGCCAGAAUCCCUGUCAUGGCCACUUAUUUUUUAUUUUUUUUUUUUGUGAAUACUAAUUAGUUUUAUUUGAUAAACCAUAUGGUUAUUAAUGUAUUCUUCUAACUUAAUUAGUUUAUUGGAUGAUAUCAAUUAUUAUAAAAUCAUAGAUAAUGUAUUUAAUAAUACAUUUUUAAACUAUUAGUUAAAUUUAUAAUUGUUAACAUAUUUAUGAUUUAGUUUUUAAUUUUUUUUUAAUUUACUAGAUCAAAUGUUAAUAGACAAAAGUUUUUAAAUUGUUAAAAGUGUAAGGUGUUGACUUCAUCUAAUAACAUUAAGUUGAAUCCAAUUAGAAAAUGUCAAUAACAAUAAAAUAAAAAUAUAAACUUAAAUAAAAAUAUAAAUUAAAUAAUUAGGUAACGAAUUUGGUAUAAUUAGUCACGUAUAUUUAUUGUUAUUAACACCCGCAAGGGUAAGUUGCAAGUAGUAUAACUUAUUGCUAAUCUGACAGAAAACAUAAUUAACAUAUAAUCGGGUCAAAAUUAAAAUCAAACUUAUCUUAGUUAUAUGACUUGAGCAAGCAGCAUAAUGAACUAUUUAGGUAAUUCAAAGUACUAAGUGAAACAAGGAAGGUCAUUUUGUUUCUGGUUAUCUUAGAUAAUAACUCUAGACUGUUAAAUUUCCCAUUUAAUAACUUAUACACAAAUACAAUAUUCAGGUACUUUUGAAUAACAGCUUAAAAUACUAGAUUGAUAUGAUUAUCGAUAUUUGAGAUAAACAUAUCUUUAAAGCCUAUUUUAAAAUUAAACAUCUAUAUCUUUGUAAUUUCACAAGUUUCUCGAUUAGACCUAACCUGGGAUGGAUUCUAGAACACAGCCCAAAUUCCAAGGCAAAUCUCAACAAAGCACAGUAAAGUGUGUAAAUAUAUAGCAUCAUCUUAAUUCAUAACUAGUAAUAUAGCCAUAUCUAGAUCAUCUUCUGAUCUUCAUGAUAAAAUGUGUUCAUCUGUUUGUUGUUCUUCGAAUUCAAAAACUUAGUCUUAGAUUAUUUAGAUUUAGUCUUUGCCACUCUAGCUUUUAAUCUAUGUACAAUUUUCAACAGUGGUCAUGGUAAGUUUUCACCCCACAGGAGUUGUUGAGUUGGCCAUAUAGGUUCUUCUGGUUGUAGCUUAUCUUACCACCUUUGUAGUCUGGCUUUAUGUGAGGAUUUAUGCAGUUCUUUUGCUAUGUGUAUGAAACUUCUUUGAAUUUAAGUCUUAUUAUUAUAAUUUAAUGUCCGAAUAUAAGGCAUAUCUUAUUUUUUGGUAGUUACUUGUCUUCUAAUUUUGGAUGGAGCUAUGCUUACUAGAAGAUAUAACCAGUAUGUAAACUAGAGACCUAAGACAUCCUGUUAUGAUCCUGCAAAUAUCGUUCAGUGUUACAGAUACAUGCUUGGUGUGUUUAGAUUGGCUCCCCCUGACAUGUAUAUUGUAUAUUCUCUAGUUGAGAAUCAUAGGAUCAGUCCAAUUGUUCACAUACUUGUACUUUCAUUUUAAAACAAUGCUCCUUAAAUGUCAAAGUCCUAUCUAGGGUGGCGGCCAGGUACAUGAGGUUAGGUUUUAAUUGAUUGCUGUCAUAAUAGUUGGUUUUGACUUAUAUUGCAUUUGUUAGUUUGUUAUUAGUACAUUAUUGAUAGUCGUAUCUUGAGAUGUGAUUCCUAGGUCGUCUGUAUAUAAAAAGUGUUUUGUGUUUUUUGGAGAUGGCUAAUUUAAUAAUUUAUUUGUGUUACCUAUACAGUGUGUCCCACCAAUUAUUACAAAUAAUUACUAAUAAUAAUUACACAUUUUUCUUGUGCUGUUAAUAUUAAAUUUACAUUAGUAAAACUAUAAGCUUCGUUGCUCCACUCAGUAUCUAAAAGAAUAAAAUAGGAGCUAGACGUAAAAAUGAGUAAGUUACAUUAUUAUCUGCCUUUUUGAAAAGUAAUUAUCGCAAUAUUUUCCAAAAAUGAACAUACUCUUCUGUACUAAUCAAUUUUAAAUGCAUUUAGAUAAUGUACAGAAAUCAUUAAAAAUAUUCUCUAUUUUUUUUUUUUUAAUUAAAAAUUCUUAUUUUAAGCAAUUUAGAAAUUUAGUUAUUUAGUUAUUUCUUUAAUCUUAAAGUUUAUUAUUCAAUUUGCUAGUAAGGUAGCCACUCAUAAAUUGUUCUCCGAAAUCUAGAAACAAAACCCUCCAGAACAUAGGUCAUUUCAAAUAAUGCAAUUUUUGAAUUCAUUAUAAGAAUCUUUUUGGUGUACAGCGUGAGUUGCUUAAUUGAAAUUUUAGUGUAGUAUUAAUAUUAUUAAACAUGAAAAAUAAAAUUUCUAAUAUUUCAUAAUAUAUUAUACUAAUAUGAUAUUAACUUAUAUAAGAACAAAAAUGUUUAGAAUUCUAUAAUAAUAUUUAAAUUACAAAGUUGAUGUGUUACUAAUUAAAUUGUAUUAAUGAUUUAUAGAAAAGAAAGUUCAAGCAGUUGAAGUUUUAAAACCAAUUUUAACUGCCCCAGUAAGUAAUUUGCAUAUUAAUCCAUAAUAUAAUAUUAUUAAAUAAAUAUAUACGUAUGUAUUUUUUAUAACAGCUUCAAGCCCAACGAUUUAGUUUGAAGUAUAAUCCUAAUAUUCGUUUGCCAUUUGAAGUAAAAUUCAAGAAUAGUUGCAAUUUUAGUAAAUUGGCAUUAAUAAAUACUUCAUCAUUCAAAGUUCCUUGGUCAAACAAUUUAACUUUCUUAACACUUAAUACAAAAUCCAAAGAAAGAUUUUUAACAUCAAAAAGAUUGGAUAUCAGUCAUUUAUCAACAGAGUUGUCUGGACGUGGACAUGAUGAGUGUUCUCCAACAAUUGUUCAAAAGAUACAAAUUGUGACUCCUAAUCAAACAGAGACAUUCAUUGUGAGAUAUAUUAAAAAUAAAUCCACAACUACAAAUUAAUCAUUUAAAUUUAUGUAUUUAUUUAUUUAAUUAUAAUUUUUUUUUUUUUAGGAAUUAAUGACAGAACAUUUACAAAUUUGUAUGUUGAAUAGUAAUUGUGACACUGAAAGCAAAAACAUUCCAUAUUUUUAUCCAAAAUCUGGAGUUGAAGCGUUACAUUCACAUUGUUCUCUGGUGGCUCACUUUUCUGAAUUAUCCGAAGAAGAACGAUAUGCACAUGUUUGGGAGCUGAUCAAAGCAUUAUGGGGCGAUUCAGAAACUGCGAAUGUUACGAAUAGUCCUCAAGAACAUUCAUACAAUAUGGCUAGACGUCAAGGUGUCUCUGAUUGGCUGGAAGCUUUAUUGGAAAAAACGAUGGAUUUUAACACUAAUGAAAAUACAUCUCGGAAAAUUUUUAAUUUAGUUUCAGUCCAUAAAAUAAUGGAAGCAUGUGAUUUAGCUAUUUCUUCUAGUAUGUAAAAUAUGUUUAUAACUAAUAUAAUAUAAUGUUCUUAAUAUUAAUAAUUGUUUAUAGAUGAAUGCAAUUUGGCAAUGUUAUUAGCACAAUUAGGAAGUGAAAAUUCUAUUCGAUGUUGCAUUCAACGUCAACUCUGGCAAUGGUGCAGUAGUAAAGCGGAUUUGUUUAUUGAUAUUGAUCAUCUCAAAUUAUACACAAUGAUAUCUGGUAAACCUUUAUUCGAUUCGAAUCAAGGAAUAAUCAAUGUCUGUGAAAAUUUAGAUUGGGUCAGAGCUUUUGCUUUACAUCUGUGGUAUGUUACAAUUUUUUUUUUAAAACUGAGUGUUAUUUAUCAUACAAUUAUUUAUAGGUAUAUACAGCCCCCUUCGGGCACUAUUAAAGACGCAUUAGAUUGUUAUGAAAAUGCAUACGAGGGCGAAGAUUUCUAUGCGUGUAAACCAUAUAAAACGUAUAACAAUGACAGUGCUGUGGAUAUCGAUGAUCAAUUUGCUACGUAUGAUGUUUGUUACCACCUGUUGAAACUGUACACCAAUUCAUCAUAUGAAAUUUAUAAAAUUGUAAAUCCUCUUACACACACUCCGGAUCCAUUAGAUUUCAAUUUUAGUUGGCUUUUGUACAAUACAUUACAAUCGCUUGGUUAUACACAAAUGCCUGACAUAUAUGCCAGUCAAUUGCAUACAAAUUUUGCUGCACAGUUGGUAUCACAUGGAUUGUGGCAAUGGGCUGUAUUUGUUCUUCUGCAUAUAAAUGAUGAAGAAUUGUAAUAUAUUCAAUUAAUACAUCAUAAUAUUAUGAUACGAGUACAUAUUAACAAGUAUAUUUAUUAUUUUAGAAGAGAAAGGUUAAUUGAAGAUACAGUCGGAAGGAAUGUUGAAUUACCAGUAUGUAAUAAUUACGAAAUUGUACUUUCCGAAAAGGAAAUAUUUGUGUUAAACAAGUUAAAAAUAAAUGAAGGGAUUAUAUAUAAUGCAAAGGCUAUUCUUGCUAUGACAAAAUAUAAGUAUGAUAUUAAAUCAUUGAUAAUGUUUUAGUUUUAUUGUAUUUAUUUGAUAACAUAUUCUAGAUACUUAGAAGCAACAAUUUGCUACUUGAAAGCAAAAAACUGGCAAGAUGCUCACAAUGUACUGGUUAGUCAUUUACUUGCAGAUUAUAUUUUACAAAAAGGUAUUCUUAUUUUUUUUUUAAAUUGUUUUAAAAAUAGUUUUAUUUUAUGAUUUUUUUUUUUUUUAAAUUAGAUGGCAAAAUAACUUUAACAUAUUUACUGGAUUGGUUAACAGAAGGGUCAAAAGUGGAAGGGUCAUUACCCAAUACUAUGUUGGAUAGUUUGACUCUAUUAGAAUAUUUGAAACUAAAUAAUACUAUAAAUAAAAUGUCUGCAGAAAAAUCAAUAUCAUAUAUUGCAUCAUUAUGUGAACGAAUAGUAUGUUUUUCUGAAAAUACCUCUGAAGAAAGGUAAUAUUUAUAUUAUUUAUAAUAUAUAUGUUUGUUUGAUACAUAAUUAAAAUGUUUCUUCUAUUGUUAAUGAGUAAUAGAUUUAUCAUUUAUGGUAUUUUAUUUUAAAUAAUAUAAGUAAAAUGAUAUUGUAUUUACUUUACAGAAUGAUAAAAACUGAAGUGUCCAGUUCAAUAGCUCUGCAGAUAGGUAAACUAAUAUCAAAACUAGACGCAGAAAAUUAUAAAAUUUUAAAGUCCUUACUUUCAACACUGAACAGUAAACUAACGUUAGCAGAAGAUUACACAUUGGACGAAUUAGUUCUUGCAAUAUCACAUUAUAUAUAAAUAAAAUUAAUAAAAUUCUAAUAUAUUUUUUUACCAGCAAUUUGAAGUUAUCCAAAUAAGUACAUUAAUCUAUUUUCACUUUUGAUUUAAUUAAUUACAAAUUUGUAUACAUGUAUAUAUGUAUUAUGGUAUAAUUUUUUUUAUAAUUAGAUAUAAAACCAUGUCCACCAUAUGUGUCUUAAUUAUAUUUAUUACAAUUAAAUAUUUGUAAUAUAAUUAUCAGCUUUCAAGAAAAUAGAAAAAAUGUUAUAUUUUAACUAUAUUUCUUUUGAAUAAAGUGAUGUUAAUAAAAUGUUAUUAAUUUUUGACAAUAAUGAUUUUAUAAGUUAAGUGAAUGAAAUUGCUUAAAUAUAUAGGUUAAAUUUUUUUUAUCAGAAAAAGCAUUUAUUAGUUAUUAUUUUUAUAUUGAUAAUAAUUCUAUUGUUUUGCUUUAGCUGCUUGUCGUCGUUUCACAUCCCAGUUGUAUACUCUGGCCAUAUUUACUUCGGUUGUAGUAAACUGAUCCCUGAAAAUAAUUACAAACUUGUCAAUUAUAUAUAAAUAAAAAAAUUAUAAUUUUCAUAUUUAUCAAAUAUUAAAACUGUACCUCAAAAAAUCAAGAUCAUCAUCAACUUGUCUCAUAUUAUCAGUAGCCAAUUGUAUAUUUCUUGAAAUAAGUUCUGUGGCAUCAUCAAGAUUGUAUUCCAACAUGACAUUUGCCUGCAAUAAAGCGAACAAUAUAAAACUUAACCAAUGUUUUUGAAGAGAAAAAUUAAAAUAAUUACACCAAGCCAAAGAUACACAUUAUCAGUUCCUUGAAUAUGGGCUUUUGCAUAAACAUCAUCAGACAAUAGAAAAUCUGUCUUUAACUGCUGUCCUUUAUGACCUUUCAUUGUUUUAAUCAUCUCCAAAGUAUUUUCUAAAUCCGGUAAUUGUGAUUGUAAUCU